AUGGCUUUGGCGCACAAAGAAGAGUCAAUACCACAACCCCUUCAGCCGAAUGAAGGGUCAAUACCACAACCGCUUCAGCCCAAUGAAGAGUCAAUACCACAACCCCUUCAGCCGAAUGAAGGGUCAAUACCACAACCGCUUCAGCCCAAAGAAGAGUCAAUACCACAACUCCUUCAGCCCAAAGAAGGGUCAAUACCACAACCGCUUCAGCCCAAAGAAGAGUCAAUACCACAACUCCUUCAGCCCAAAGAAGGGUCAAUACCACAACCGCUUCAGCCCAAAGAAGAGUCAAUACCACAACUCCUUCAGCCCAAAGAAGGGUCAAUACCACAACCGCUUCAGCCCAAAGAAGAGUCAUACCACAACCGCUUCAGCCCAAAGAAGGGUCAAUACCACAAUCGCUUCAGCCCAAAGAAGAGUCAAUACCACAACCGCUUCAGCCCAAAGAAGAGUCAAUACCACAACUCCUUCAGCCCAAAGAAGGGUCAAUACCACAACCGCUUCAGCCCAAAGAAGAGUCAAUACCACAACUCCUUCAGCCCAAAGAAGAGUCAAUACCACAACCGCUUCAGCCCAAAGAAGAGUCAAUACCACAACUCCUUCAGCCCAAAGAAGGGUCAAUACCACAACCGCUUCAGCCCAAAGAAGAGUCAAUACCACAACUCCUUCAGCCCAAUGAAGAGUCAAUACCACAACUCCUUCAGCCCAAAGAAGAGUCAAUACCACAACUCCUUCAGCCCAAAGAAGAGUCAAUACCACAACUCCUUCAGCCCAAAGAAGAGUCAAUACCACAACCGCUUCAGCCCAAAUCAAGAGUCAAUACCACAUCCCCUUCAGCCCAAUGAAGAGUCAAUACCACAACCGCUUCAGCCCAAUGAAGAGUCAAUACCACAACUCCUUCAGCCCAAAGAAGAGUCAAUACCACACCCCUCAGGCUCCCUCAGCCCAACCAUCACUUUAAAAACACUUGAAAAUCUAUUAAAAAUGGAUGUUUGCUAUUUGAUUUGUAAAGUUUCAAUUUCAAAAGCGAUGAAAGCUGCUGCAUGA